CGGGGUAAGAAACAAAAAGCUCUUCCUGAAUGGAACUGUCUCUGUGUGGAAACACCUAGACGGCUAGACGGUUCUGUUGUUUGUCCUGCUGGUCAUCCGAAUGAAGUUGAAACCUCCACAUCCACACCACUAACCAAUGCGAUUCUCUUCCCGUUGUUCACAUGCGUUAUAUUUCUGCCAGGAAGAGGUUUCUUCUCACCUCUCUUGAGCGAGCGUCGUCCUUGAGCAAGUAGCAGCCUCUCCUGCUCCUCUGGUGUUAUCCGCCCAAAACUUCAGAUGGCUCAGUCUAACAAGGAUGUGUCCACGGGGUGCUGGCAGAAGGUGGUGCUCCGGGUCCCGGCCAUGACCGACGACAAGACGAAGCAGAAAGCCAUCGAAGCUGUUGCUGAUAUCUACGGAAUCGAUUCGAUCGCAGCAGACCUCAAGGACAACAAGAUGACGGUGAUCGGCGACAUGGACGCCGUGGCGAUCGCCAAGAAGCUGAAGAAGAUGGGGAAGAUCGACAUAGUUUCGGUCGGCCCCGCCAAGGAGGAGAAGAAGCCGGAGAAGAAGGAAGAGAAGAAAGAGGAGAAGGCUGACAAGAAGCCGGCGGAGGGGGAGAAGAAGGACAACAAGUGAAGGAGCAGCCGCCAGUUGGUCUGUCCGAUGAAGCCAACGGAAUCACGAAAACCCGGCGAAAAUCUUGACCUGUUUUUCUUUUUCCAACUGAGACUGAGACUGAGAAUGAUUGCCGAAUCGCUUUGUUUACGGUACUUGCUACGCCUGAGAAAAGAAAUCGAGACGUUUACGCA